CUUCAAAGUUCAAAGUCGAUCAGCAUCGACACAUCUCACGGCAACAAAGAGCGUCCUGUUGAUCUUUGAUCCCUUGGAGGAAGGAAAGGGACAGGGAUGGGUCGUUGUUCUUGAGCCUCUACGUCUAUCCCACAAGUCAACAUGGCUUCUUCCCUCGCCGCCCAGUUGUCGCAAAUUGCGGCAAAGUCGACAAACCAGCUCGAUUUGAAGGCGCAAAGAAUUGCACAUUCGCAGUCUCUGAUAUUCGAGAAGAAGAUUGCAGGUUCGCAAGAUUUCGACACAAUCUACCACAUAUGCCACGAAGGCUUUCAGGAGCUAUGUCUGUUGGACGCAAGGUUCGCGGAGUUUGGCCGCACCAUCUUCAGCGAACAGAGCAAGAGUCAAGAACGCACUGAGAUGACUGCUGCUCAAAACAAGGAGCUCGAUGCGGUUCUGGAAGCGUUCCUGGCACUGGUCGGAAGCAAGCUUCUUCUCAGUCCGGCCAUCAAGGCGGUUGACUGGCUAGUUAGGCGUUUUCGGGUGCACGAGUAUAAUACUUCUAGCCUCAUAAUCACGUUCCUUCCGUAUCACACUGCGCCCAUUUUUCUGAAUCUCCUGGUUAUACUGCCCGAAAAUCUCGGCCCGGCUUUCAAGGUCUUAGCACCUUACAGGAGGAGCCAGUUGAACCCGCCGCGCCAUCCUCUUGUGCACAGCGCAAAGACCAAUCCAUCGUUCUUCAAUGCUAUCAAUACCUAUGUUUUGCAGGCGAGCCGCCAAGGAGCCGGCCAUCAUGGUCUACUGGCCUUUUGGGCGGGGAUCAUAACGGAGGCGGUGGCCGGUAUGCUGGAUGCAACCAAAUCUGGUCGCAAAGAAGUCGAGAGGCAGAAGCAUGAAGACAUUUUACUCCGCGUUCUUCCAGUGUUAAAUGACGGGCUGUCGAUACGAGAAGCCCCGGAACUAAUUAUCGGGUGCUAUAUGCUCUGCGUCGUUCUGGCACAGAACUCGACUCUUAGUGAUACAACCCUCAACGGUCUGAUGGAAGCCGUGGUCGAGUCAUGGAACCAAGACACACUGGGAUCCGGUCUAAUCUGCUUGUCUGUCCUUGCACAGAAAAAGAACGAUGCCACUCUGCCGCGAAGAGUUGUGAAAGCUAUUCUUCGCAUCGAAAACGGAGUUAACAAGCUAGCGGAAAUAACUACACCAUAUCCCACAUCUCAACUCCUACUUGGUAUAAUUUCGAAAUGUGUUGAAGGCCUCGACAAACAAAGAGACGCAUCGCGACUGGAUUUCGUGUAUAGCAUAUUCGAGCAUGAGCUCUUGAAGGGUGAUACUGCCAGCACGGCUCUGGGUAUGAUUCUUCAGGCGGCAAGUGAUGCGGUAAAGACGGGAGGAAUACAGCUAGAGAUAGAGUCGCGUUUCUCGGACCUCAUUGAGCGAGUUAAAGAAUCGCAAUCACUUCGACCUCUUCUCGAGGGCGCUAUUGAGAAGUCAUCUGUCGACAUCCCGCAGUUACAACUCCAGAUGCAGACGCUCAUUCAGGAUGAACUUCCUCCUGCUCCUGAUGGGGAUGUGGAUAUGCAGGAUGCCGAUAAGCCAGAGGAAGCGGGUUCCUUCGAAAAAGCUAUCGAGUCCCUUGCUACCGAGAAGCCAACCGGAUCAUCUUUCCUAGGCCGUCAGCCAGCGGAUCUAUUUGACGGCCUUGUUCAGCUGUUUGCUUCGACCGUGGGUUCAACUGAGAAACUAGACAAGUUUACCAGUCUACCUGUACUAGGUAGAUCCGAUGCCACGAGGAAGCCAUCUUUCCUGACUUUCUUUGUGAGAGUAUUAUCCGGGCCAUAUCCAAUUGGUACGCGGGUUGCUGCACUCAAGGCAGUGGAGUCUUUCCUCUCUUCUGCUACGGCGUCUGAAUGUGACUUCCAAGUCUUGCUUCCCUAUUUUAUCGCAGCUCUAGCCGAUCAUUCGGAGAGAAUUCGCCGUGAGACGGCGAAUGCCUUAACUGCGCUGUCAAGCAUCUACAAGAAAGGAAAGAAAAACGACAGCGAUGAGCAAAAGCCAUGGGCCCAUGACACUUUCUAUGCAUCUGAGGGACGAUCGAAUGACAUCAAAUGGCUUUCGAGCAGCGACGUUCGCAAGGUUAUGGACCGUGUAUUGCUGCCAGGUCUGGAGGAGUAUUCCUUGGACCCGAGCCAUAUCAGCAGAGUCUUGGAGAGUGCUCUGAAAGGGCUAUCCGUGCCUGACAGCUCUUCAUCGACGGGCAGUGCUGAACUCAAGAAGUCUCUUCGGCUUAGUCUCUUCACUUUCCUGUGCUCGCAUAUCGUUCGGACGCCCCUGUUCACUAUCAAGCUUCGCCUCCUGAAAGUCAUUAAUCGUGUUGACAAGGCUGGUGGAACAACACGCACCAAAGAACUCAUGCCGCUUCUUGAGGCAUGGCGCAAAUUGGGCCAGGACGAGAUACACGCAAUCUGUGGUAAAGAGCACAUAUCCGCUUCUGAGCUUGAGUCAGAGGUUAUCGCUGUUGUGACGCCCAAGGAUAAGGAGGCUAUCGAUAUCCUGCUGACCAAUGUCUCUGGAAACCCUCAAUCACUCAGAGAGUCUUUCGUUACAGCUGUCUUUAAUCGCAUUCGGGAUGUCUGGGCCUCCGUCUCUGAAGAGAGGCAGCUUGAUGCUUCAGAGAAACUGCUUGACAUCUCCCUGGGCAUUUCUGACGCCUUCAGUUCAAUGGAAAGCUACAGUCGUGAAGUCCUCCGCAGCGUGCAUCUUCCCGGUCCGGCUUUGCUCCGAUUCCUCGACAAAAUACCGGCGUCAAUCACUGAUAUAGAGUCGAACGCUCCAGCAUCGAAGAGAAGGCGCACGAGUCAAAACAACAUGGUUGCAAUGAGUGUUAGGGACGAAGCGGAAUUGAACAGGCUUAUGGACAAGAUGACUUUCAUCUUAGAACUCGUUGACAACUCGGCGCCUGAAAAUCACCCAGAGCUAGCCGAUGGCCUGUUCCAGACCCUCGCUUCUCUCCAUCUGUUGAAGUCUCAGGUCCAAUCUGGCUUGAGCUAUCUCCUCAGCUUAGCUCUUGGCAGUCUAUUGAACAUUGUCAAUAAGGCGAAGGUCUCGAAGUCUGCGUUCGACACUUCAGUCAUCCGUGCUGACUUGGUCAUCGACUGUGUUCGCACAACAGAGAGCCCGCAAGUGCAGAACACUGCACUGCUUCUUGUGGCUGGUCUGUCAGUUGUCGCACCCGAACUGGUGCUGCAUAGUGUGAUGCCGAUUUUCACGUUUAUGGGAUCCAGUGUCUUGAGGAAGGAUGACGAGUACUCUGUUUCAGUCAUAGACCAGACGAUCGACCAGGUCGUGCCCGCCCUCAUCCAGUCUCUCCGUAAUCAGAAGCGGGAUGUCGUUUCCGGGACGUCAGAACUACUUCUCAGUUUCACGGCUGCAUUCGAGCAUAUUCCAUCCCACCGUCGCCUCCGUCUUUUCCAGGCGUUGAUUACAAAACUCGGAACUCAAGACUUCCUAUUCGCCGUGCUAGCAAUGCUCGCUAAUCGAUACGCCAUGAACAAAGAUGUAUUGAGUCUCAUGGCUGGGCUGACAUCGACCACAGACUCCAGACUGCAACUUAUUACAUACGCGAAGUAUCUGGAUCUUGUCAGUGACUCUCUCAAACCCAAGCCUGGUAUCUCGCAAGUGCUACUUGGCGUUGGCGGAGAAGAUGGGCGCGAUCCGCAGAAGGUUGCUGUCGACUUACUGCGCGCUUUGGCCCAUCUAUUGAAGCAUUCAUCUCUUCAGCCAAAGAUGUCCGAGACAUUUAACUCUGGCAACGAGAAGCUGUCUGCGGAAGUUCAAACGCUGUUCGCUCAUAUCCUUGAGCGGGUUUUGACGAUAGGGGAAGCUGUGCAGACUAUGAAGCCUGUCAGCUUGGCAUGCGGCGAUGUCCUCGGAUCAUUGCUGGGAACAUUGUCUCUCGUCGAUUUCCUCGACACUAUCGAGGCAUUACUACAGCGCCCGAACGAUGAACUCCGGCGUAAAGUCCUGCGCCUCUUGGAAGCUCGCCUCAGGCAGACCCCCGAACGCGAAAGUGUCUGUCAAAAUCGAACGUUGCAGUUCCUUUCUGUCUUGGUUCACAUCAUCGAAUCCUCGCCUGACAUCCUUCUUAAGCAUGCUGCGGUUGCUUGCAUCGAUCGUAUCAGCGACAUCUAUGGUAAGAAGGACCCCUCAAAGGUCGUGCAUGCGGCGAAGGUUGUUGCUAGUGAGCGGUGUAUUGGUGAGACUGAUGACCGCAUUCGUGUCAUGGGUAUUCUCUGUCUGGCUUCGAUGGCUGAAGUUCUCGGCGAGGCGAUCAUUCCCGCUCUGCCCGAAGCUUUGGCUCGUUCGUUCAGUCUACUUGAGAUCAGCUUGGAGCGUGGCAACAUAAACCCUAAAUUGCACGAUGCGGUCUUCUCCCUGAUCUCGGCACUCUUUAUCCAGGUCCCUUUCAUGAUCUCGGGUGACCAUCUCGAUAACAUUCUGCGUCUUUCGUUCAAAUCUGCGGCGUCUGAUCUUCACGAAGAGAGCGACGAAAGCCGCCGGGAAAGCUUGAGAUUGUUGGCAAGAAAGGUCGACGUCAAAGAAAGCUUCGGCGCCGUCGAACGCAAUUGGUCUGUUGCUGUGGCCGCUGGGUCUACUGCGGCAAAUGAAGCUCUUGAGGUUGUUAGCACGGCCAUUGAGAAGCAUCCCAAGGCAGCUACUGUGAAGAAUGUAAAUUCCCUGGUGAAUCUGCUCCAGAAGGCGCUGGACUUGCGUCGCGAGCAGCUAGUUGCGGGCUCGGCGUCACGUUACGAUAUCCAGGAUCUCGAGGAAGUCGAGGAGACGGUCAAUGAAGUCGCCAUCAAGAUGAUCUACAAGCUUAAUGAUACCACAUUCCGACCACUAUUUGUCAAGUUGACGGAAUGGGCAACGAGUGGUCUACCAAAGAAGGAUUCCUUAGGCAGAACGAUGCGGCUUACAACAUUCUACAAAUUCCUCCAGCACUUCUUUGGGACCCUCAAGUCAAUUGUUACCGGAUACGCUAGCUACGUUAUCGAUAACACAGUUGAGGUUCUGGGGAAGGCUAAUCCGACGGACAAGAAUUCCAAAGACCUCUGGCUUGCUACAGUUCGCAUGCUGCGCCAUGCUUUCGAGCAUGAUCAAGAUGAGUUCUGGCAAUCGCCCUCCCAUCUUACUGCGAUCUCCGGUCCUCUGAUCUCGCAACUGGCUCAUGCUACGAGCGCGUCGACUGCGGCUAUUGUGAUAUCCGAGGCGGUCCCUGCUAUCACUGAGCUAGCGGUUGCAGCGGAUUCCCCCGACAACCAUAAAGAACUCAAUGCUUCCAUCAUGAAAUUCCUGCGGCCAUCUGCUAGCGGAACUUCAAAGGCUGCCGCGGGUGAGAAUCCGCAUACCCGAGUUGCCGCUCUGAAGGUCGAACGAUCCCUCACUGAACGUCUUGGCGAGGAAUGGCUCGCUCUCCUACCGGAGAUGUUGCCUUUCAUCAGUGAAUUGAUGGAAGACGAAGACGAGGCUGUCGAGAAGGAAGUCAGAAGAUGGGUUCUGGAGAUCGAGGAUGUUCUCGGAGAGAAACUGGACGAUAUGUUGAUGUAAAGUUGUUGAAUUGUGCGGUAUGUUUUUGUCUUUUUGAGAGCUUAUGACUUUUUGUGCAAACCUGUCAGGGCUGCGGGGCGUUUUCUUCCCAGGUUCUGGAGACUCCAAAAAGUCUGCAUAUUUCUGGAGUUAUGAGGCGGAGAAAAAAGUUCCUCGCUAUCUCUUUCUUACUGUUACUAUACUAUACUAUGAUCUAUUAGAUAGAAGUGAUCUACAUAUGUCCAUCGUUUGGUUUGAAG